AUGGCCUUUUACGAUGAAUCCGGCGAUGCCCUGCCAUUUGGGCGGCCUCAAAAGUCCUAUGAAGCUGGAAUAAUUGGACUGCGAAGACCGAGACUGGUCACUGAUUAUGGAUCGUCGCUCGUACAGUGGAUGCGCACACGGCGACCGCGCUAUCAAGGAGGCCAUAGAAUGGAGGUGGAACGGCCCAGUGCCAGCUAUGUAGUGGAUAUGCUCCCACCACUGGCACGCGUGCAUUCUCCAGCAGACACCAUUCCUGUUCGACACCUUCAUCAGUCAAUUGGAAAGUCGAAAAAGCCGAUCACUGUUGUACGGUGGACUCCGGAGGGCAGACGUCUAUUGACGGGUGGGCACACUGGAGAGUUCAUGUUGUGGAACGGGACGGCCUUCAAUUUUGAGACAGUAAUGGAUGCUCAUUAUGAUCAAUUACAAGCUGGAGUGACUUCGUUGUCGUGGUCGCACAGCCAUGAUUGGUUGAUUUCUGGGGGACAGAAGGGUGAUGUGAAAUACUGGCGACCUAAUUUCAACAAUGUGGAGACAAUUGAUGAUGCGCAUCAUGAUGCUGUUCGAGACCUUGCAUGGGCCCCUAGCGAUACCAAAUUCCUCACGGCGUCCGACGAUACAACUCUGAAAAUUUUCGAUUUCACGUCUCGAACGGCUGACACCGUCCUUACCGGUCAUAACUGGGAUGUCAAGACUUGCGACUGGCACCCAACGAAGGGUCUAUUGGUUUCAGGGUCCAAGGACCAUCAGGUCAAGUUCUGGGAUCCUCGCACUGCAAGAUGCUUGACAACGCUUCACAGCCACAAGAACACCGUUACUGCUACACGAUUCUCUCCUGUCAACAGCAACCUUCUGGCGACAUCUUCGCGUGAUCAGACAGCGAGAAUUUUCGAUCUACGGAUGAUGCGAGAUAUCUGUAUCCUUCGGGGUCACGAGAAGCCGGUUUCAUCUCUCACAUGGCACCCUAUUCACACUACGCUUGUAUCGACAGGCGGCGAGGAUGGAUCACUAUACCAUUAUUUGCUUGACGAACCUAAUAUGCCUUCGGGACAGAUCCCCACCGUUGCCCCGUACGACAGUCCCGACCCUGCAAAUACGCCAGCACAGGUGAUCUACCCUGCUCACAAGAUCCAGUAUGCGCAUAGUGCAACGAUUUGGUCGUUGGACUGGCAUCCUCUCGGACACAUACUGGCCUCUGGUUCUAAAGAUAAUUUCACUCGGUUUUGGUCUCGGGCUAGACCAGGCGAGACUAGCUACUUGAAAGACAGAUUCCACAUUGGAGAAGACGCUGCCGAGGCUCAAGGAACCUGGAACCGGGGCUUUGGAAGGCGACAGAUGCGUGAAGAAGAAGAACAAGAGCUGCAAGACGAGGCAGAGAGUUUGGUCGAUCAGAAGAACCCCACUGGGUCAUUCCUUCCGGGUAUACAGACCGCACCUCCCGGCAGUAUACCUCAACAGAACGGGUCUGCGUCACAGAUAUUACCUGGAAUUGGCGCUCCCCAGCCACCACCUCAGAGUGGGGUCCCGGCUUCCAUGCCUCAAAUGGACCCUGCCCGUCUUGCGGCCCUUCUGUCUACCCAACCGCCACCCCAAGCAAACACUUUCCCCCCAAACACGGGAUUGCCUAGCUUUAGCAUGCCUCCUGCUAUGUCGGGGACGCCCCCGAUGAACGUUGACCUUGCAGAGUUACAGAAGCAGCUUCUCGCGCAAGGCAUAUCUCUCCCCCAAAAUUUCCCCCCGCCGGGUUUCGGUUCAAUGUCUGGGCCCAUGGGUCCCGGGGGUCUACCAGGUCUGCAAGGUGGUCGUACGCCGGACAAUGGUUAUGGAAGGUGA